ACCCUUGAUUCUGUAUUAAAAUGUAUUCAACGGUUUGCUGGGUUCCUCGAGGGUGUUCAUCUCAUAAACCGAUUCGAGCCAUUCCGACAGCGAAUGAGAUUGAACAAUAUAAGAAAAUGUACAGUGAGCAACUCCUGGCGGAAGAGGAGCGAGAGAAGGAGGAAAUGGGUCAGGAGGGCAUGGAGGAGGGUGUAGAGGCGAUCUCCGGAGUUUUAGGAGAAAGCAUUCCCAUCGAAGCGAUGGACCCCUCGAAAGAUCCCAACAUCAUGGUGGAUGAGGAGAACCUAGAUUCGGACAGCGAGGACGAUCUCGAUAUCCGUCCCACGGAUAGUGUCCUGCUUGCAGCUAAAUCGGACGAAGACCAAAGUUUUCUGGAAGUGCACAUUUACGACGAAGAAACUGGAAACUUCUAUCUGCAUCACGACAUUCUCCUGAGCGCCUACCCGCUCUCCAUGGCCUGGAUGGACUGCGUUCCCCAGCCCUCCACCUCCACCAGCGGCCAUCCCAGCGGCAGCUUCGUGGCCAUCGGCACGUUCCACCCCGAGAUCGAGAUCUGGAACACGGACGUCCUCGACGCUCUGGAGCCGGAAGCCGUGCUGGGCGGUCUGGUCGCGGGGAAACGUCGAACCCUGAAGCCGGGCAGCCACCGCCAGGCGGUCAUGGGUCUGUCGUGGAACCGCGAGUACCGGAACGUGCUGGCGUCGUCGAGUGCGGACUCGACGGUGAAGCUGUGGGACGUGACGACGCAGCACUGCAUGCUGACGCUGAACUACCACAAAGACAAGGUCCCCGUGGUGCACUUCCACCCCGUCGAGGCCAACAUCCUCCUCACCGCCUCCUACGACCGCGUCUGCGCCGUCACCGACGGCCGCUCCCCCUCCAACGGCACCUGGAUCGGCAUCCCCGCCAAGCCGGAGAGCGCCGCGUGGGACCUCGCCGCGCCCUACUGCUUCUUCGUCUCCACCGAGCGCGGCGAGGCCUUCCGCUUCGACGUGCGCCAGACCGCCGCGCCGCUCUUCCAGCAGCAGCUCCACGAGGGUCCCUGCACCGCGCUCGCGCUCAACCCCGCGGCGCCCUCGCUCUGCGCCAGCGCGGGCGAGGACGGGCUCGUGCGGCUGUGGAGCGUGGAGAGCGCGGGGCUGUGCCCCGUCGCCGAGCGGAACGUCAAUCUGGGGAGCGUCUUCGCGUGCUCCUUCUACGAGUCCGCGCCUUAUCUCCUCGCCGCCUGCGGAACCUCCCAGGACCUCUGUCUGUGGGACGUCAGGGAGGUCGACGCGCUCCAGGGCGUGUUCGAGGCGGGAGAGGGCGCGGGAACCGCGGGGGAGGCCGAGAAGUUGGCGUUUGAGGCGUCGGAGAAGGCGACGGGGACGUUGAAUGAUAUCGGAAAGAAGAAGAGGAACUAG